UCAAUUAAAAAAAAUUUUCCAAAGUUUUUUCAUGAAGCAAGUGUUGUAGAUAGAGCAGCUGGCGCUCAUUAUGAUUGGAGAUUUUUUAAUGGAUUAGAUAUUCCUCCAGAAAAUCAUGGUGCAAUUUUGCAUCGUUUAACAAGAGCCUGGUUACGAUUUUCAGAGAGUGCUGGCUUGAAAACCUGGAUAAUGCAUGGCUCAUUACUAGGGUAUUGGUGGAAUGGUAUGAAUAUGCCAUGGGAUCAAGAUUUAGAUGUUCAAGUCACAAUGGAUUCAUUGGUUCACUUGGCUAGAAAUUAUAAUCAAACUUUAGUCAUUGAUUAUUCAUUAUCUAACACCGAAUUAUCAAUGGGUUUAGGUAGUUAUCUAAUCGAUGUCGGUUCAAGUUUUAUUCAAAGAACUAAAGGUAAUUCAAGAAAUUUGAUUGAUGCAAGAUUUAUUGAUACAGCAACUGGUUUGUAUGUUGAUAUAACUGCAAUUGCUAAAUCUCACAAGGGAAAUUUAUUUAUCAAGGAAACUGACGAAAAAAAAACUAAAAAAGUUAACGAGUUAAAACAGGCUUUAGAUCCAGAUAAUGAAUUAUAUAACUGUCGAAAUAAUCAUUUUUAUUCUUUGGAUGAUAUCAGUCCAUUAAAACCAAUAUAUUUUGAGGGAGUCAAGGGAUACAUUCCAGCAAAUUUCAAGAAAAUCUUAGAAAGAGAAUAUAAUAAAUCUCUACUGAAAUAUAGAUAUUGGGGUCAUGUUUUUAGAAGAAGUUUAAGGUUGUGGAUUCCAUUAAAGGAGUGUAGUAACAGGAAAAACGAUCAAACAUGUCUUAGAGACUCAAUUAAAAGUGAAAUAACGUUUAUACAAACUAAA